CAGAGCAGCUGGGCUGUGUUUAAUUCCAGGUGGAGCCGGCAGCUCUCCCUCUGCCGGGGGUGUGAGGCACCUGUGAGUCUUAUCUGAGCCUGCUGUGGAUCAGCUCCAUGAAACCACCAGCUUCUGGAAACACAAGCAAUAUCUUCUAGGUCUCCGCAGACUUUGCUCUCUUUGUACAAGUUAGCAAUAGGCACACAUCAACCCUAGGUCCACCGAGCAUCCCUCUGGAAUACCCAGGUCUUUGAACCUUCACAGAACAAUCAAAUUUGCUACUCCCAAAGGAAUACUACACACACCAGUUUGUAAGAUUCAACUCAGGAUCCCCACUUUACUUAACAUACAAUGUUUAUAUAGUGAAAACAAGAAUAAGUUUAUUAAAAAAUGAGAAUACUGGAAACAAAUGGUUACAUAUGAAAUAAAAUUAUAACAUGCUUUCUAGAGAGCCUAAACUUACUCGCAAGGCAUUCCCCAUCUACAAUCAGAUAGCUCACCCCGAGUCAUUUCCCCAGUGUUUUCAAUCAGUUUGGCUGACAUCCUUUCUCCUAAGAUCAAUCCUGCUGGCAACCUGUACUCACAAACUGAAGGAAUAACGGGGUUUAUCUGCACCCCAGAUAUAGUUUAUGGCCUGGUCUACACUACGAGUUUAGGUUGAAUUUAGCAGUGUUAAAUCGAAUUAAGUCUGGACACGUCCACACGACGAAGCCCUUUUUUUCUACUUAAAGGGCCCUUUAAACCAAUUUCUUUACUUCACCUCCGACGAGGGGAUUAGCGCUGAAAUCGGCCUUUGCGGGUCAGAUUUGGGGUAGUGUGGAUGGAAUUCGACGUUAUUGGCCUCCGGGAGCUAUCCCACAGUGCUUCAUUGUGACCGUUCUGGACAGCACUCUCAACUCAGAUGCACUGACCAGGUAGACAGGAAAAGCCCCACGAACUUUUGAAUUUCAUUUCCUGUUUGCCCAGCGUGGAGAGCACAGGUGACCACGCAGAGCUCAUCAGCAUAGGUAACCAUGAUAAAGUCCCAGGAUCGCAAAAGAGCUCCAGCAUGGACCGAACGGGAGGUACCAGGAUCUGCUCGCCAUAUGGGGAGAUGAAUCAGUGCUAGCUGAACUCUGUUGCAGUAAACGAAAUGCCAAAACAUUAGAAAAAGUCUCAAAGGGCAUGAAGGACAGAGGCCAUAACAGAUGCACAGAAGUGCCGCGUGAAAAUUAAGGAGCUAAGGCAAGCCUACCACAAAGCCAGAGAGGCAAACGGAAGGUCAGGGGCAGAGCCGCAGACAUGCCGCUUCUACGCGGAGCUGCAUGCCAUGCUAGGGGGUGCAGUCACCACUACCCCAACCCUGUGCUUUGACUCCAUCAAUGGAGAAUCACGCAACAUGGAAGCGGGUUUGGGGGACGAGGAAGGAUGAUGAUGAAGACAAUGAAGAUAGUUCACAGCAGAAAGCGGAGAAACCGGUUUCCCCAACAGCCAGGAUAUGUUUAUCACCCUGGACCUGGAACCAGUAACCCCUGAACUCACCCAAGGCGUGCUCCCAGACCCUGAGGGCACACAAGGGACCUCUGCUGCAAAUGUUUCUCCUUCGCAGAGGCUAGUGAAGAUUAGAAGGAGAAAACGGUGGAAUCGGGAUGAUAUGUUCUCAGAGCUCCGAUGUCCUCCCACGCUGACAAAGCACAGCAGAAUGCGUGGAGGCAGACAAUGUCAGAGUGCAAAAAAGCACAAUAUGAAUGAGAGGAGAGGUGGUGGGUGCAAUCGCGGGCUGAAAAGAGCAAGUGGCGGGCUGAAGAGGAUAGGUGGCGUCAGAUUACUGACUGACAGAAGGCAAGAGUCGAUGCUCCGGCUGCUGGAGCAUCAAACUGAUAUGCUCCAGCGUAUGGUUGAGCUGCAGGAAAUGCAGCAGGAGCAGAGACUGCUGCUACAGCCCCUGUGUAACCAACAGCCCUCCUCCCCAAGUUCUGCAGCCUCCUCACCCAGACACCCAAGAACGCAGUGUGGGGCCUCCGGCCACCCAGUCACUCCACCCCCGAGGAUUGCCCAAGCAUCAGAAGGCUGGCCUUCAAUAAGUGUUAAAGUUUUAAAGUAUCAGCGAAACUGGCGGCCGGAGGAGCGCGAGCCCAUAGCAGCAGGCAGGUCCUUGCCGUGA